AUGCCUGGGUUUCUUACAUGGUUGUGGAGGUAUAGGAAUUACAUUGUGAUAGUCCUAACGCCUCUUUUACUUCUGCCUCUGCCCCUUGCCAUCCCGACCCUGCCAGCAAAAUGUGGCUAUGUAAUCAUCCUCAUGGCGCUGUACUGGUGUACGGAGUGUAUCCCUCUGGCUGUGACCGCCCUGCUGCCGGUCAUUCUCUUCCCCAUGAUGGGCAUCAUGGAAUCAAGUGAGGUUUGUAUUCAGUACCUGAAAGACUCCAACAUGCUCUUUAUUGGUGGGCUGCUGGUGGCCAUCGCUGUCGAGCACUGGAACCUUCACAGGAGGAUCGCCCUCAAAGUGCUGCUUAUUGUGGGGGUGAAGCCAUCUCUCCUGAUGAUCGGUUUCAUGGGCACCACAGCCUUUCUCUCCAUGUGGAUCAGUAACACGGCCUCCACAGCCAUGAUGCUGCCCAUCGCCAACGCUGUGCUGCAGCAGCUGUGUGACACAGAGGCCAACGCUGAAGAGAGGGAUUAUAACCUGUCUUCUGCAAUGGAUGGUCAGGAGAACCAGGCAUUCGAGAUGGGGGACACCAAAGAGAGCAAACAGCUUAAACCAAAGGACAAGGCCAUCGACAUGGAUAAAGAUGACCACAAAGACAUGAAGGAAAGUGGCAUUACAUCAAGUCUGGACUCGACUGGCGACAGGAGUCUAGAGGCCGAGCAGCGCAGACUGAAGACACAGCAGAAGUAUUUGAAGCUGACGAAAGGCAUGAGCCUCAGUGUUUGUUACGCAGCAAGCAUCGGUGGGACGGCCACCCUCACUGGAACCACACCCAAUGUCAUCCUGAAAGGCCAGAUUGAUGAACUCUACCCAGAUAACGGAGGCAUAAUCAACUUUGCAAGCUGGUUUGGCUUCUCGUUCCCCAACAUGGUGCUAAUGCUCGUCUUGUCUUGGUUGUGGCUGCAGUUUGUGUUCUUGGGCUUCAAUUUGAAAAAGACCUUUGGAUGUGGCACAAAGAAUGAUGGUGACAGGGAGGCUUACCAGGUAAUCAAAGAUGAGUACAACAAGUUGGGGAGGAUGAACUUCGCUGAGAGUUGUGUACUGAUUAUCUUCACGUUGCUGGUUCUUCUCUGGUUUACCAGGGAGCCUGGGUUCAUACCCGGCUGGGCCACUGUGCUCUUCAACAAAGAAAAAACGUAUGUCACGGAUGGCACCGUGGCCAUAUUAAUGUCAUCACUCUUCUUCUGCAUCCCGUCCAAAUGGCCGAGAUGCGGUGGGACGUCUGAAGAUGGUGCUCCUGCUAAAGCUCCUUCACCUUUGCUUACUUGGGACAUCGUCCAUGAAAAGAUGCCUUGGAACAUCCUUUUGCUUCUGGGAGGAGGGUUUGCAUUGGCACACGGAAGUGAGACAUCUGGACUUUCAAAGUGGCUGGGGCAGAGUCUUAUACCGCUGCAGAGCAUCCCUCCUUUUGCCAUCUCCAUCCUGCUGUGUCUGCUGGUGGCAACUUUCACUGAAUGUUCCAGCAACACAGCCACCACCACACUCUUUCUGCCUAUACUGGCCUCCAUGGCAACCGCUAUCAAGAUACACCCACUGUACGUCAUGUUUCCCUGCACCAUCUCUGCCUCGCUGGCUUUCAUGCUGCCCGUAGCCACUCCACCCAACGCCAUCGCCUUCUCCUACGGCAACCUUAAAGUCAUGGACAUGGCCAAAACGGGAUUCAUUCUAAACUUUGUUGGAGUCAUAACCAUCAACAUUGCCAUUAACACGUGGGGCGUGGCCAUGUUCCAGCUGAAUACCUUUCCCAGUUGGGCUAAUGCCACCGCAACUCCUUGA